AAUAUAAACAUGUGUGGUGGAUAUAAGUAUGAAAUUUCAGGUGAUGUGUUACCAGACUUGCUUUGCUGCAUUUGUUUGAAGUUAAUGAAGAACGCGAUGCAGUUAGAAUGUGGGCAUGGCAUGUGUCAGAGCUGUUUAGAAGAUUUGGAAAAGAACUGCAAGAAAAGUCGCCAGAAGUAUUGUUGCCCGUGCUGCCGAGCCAGAAUUCAAAAUGAAUGCGUGACCCAUGCAGCUAUAAUCAAUAGAAUUAUUUCAACUACAAAGGUCAAGUGUGAAAAUGUUAAGAAAGAAUGUCCAUGGGUUGGAGAGCUCAGCAAUAUACAGAAUCAUCACGGUGCUUGUGAAAAAUAUCCUGUUCCAUGUCCAAACGAAUGUUCAGCCAACAAAAUGGAACGACAAACGGUGGAAGACCAUAGAACCAUUUGCACAAAAGAAAACAUUUCUUGUGAAUUCUUGACAUUUGGUUGCAAUUUUGAGGUAUGUAUUUUUUUACAAAAGCUUGCCAAUACAUCUUAUUUGAUGCUGGUAAAUUUCCACGUUUCUAAAACCUUUUUUUCUCGCUUAUACGUUUUAUCGCGCAUGUCAAAUUUUGCUAUUUUCUGCAGGCAUCUAACCUUGCGGAUUAGUAUUUUUUGCUAAUUUUUGCAACAUUUUAAUGUCGGGAUGUGAAAAAUUGUUGGCUUCUUGAGAAAUGUGUUUGUACAAUUUCUUUGACAUUUUUUAGUUUUCUUUUGUUUUCAGUGCUAAGAUUGCCUCUUUUGUUUUGAAAUUGUCACGCCUAACGUAAAUAAAAUAUUUUUCAUUUCUUUAUAUUUAACCAUACUGAUUUUAAAGGAGAGCCGAACAAAAAAAUAUUUCGUGGCAGCCAUAAUUUUUAAGCAUUUAAGAAAAAAAUUAUACAUUUCAAAAUUCUAAUAAGUUAUAUUUUACGACUAAAUAUCUUCUUAACAACAAGUUUACAAAAUUUCAUGGCUGUAUAGGGUGAAAAAAAGGUUUUGGAUGUAUUUAUCAGUACACAUCAAAAAUAAGAUCUUUGACUCGAUACAACCAAGAUUUUACGUGCUAUAGCAGUAACAGCAUUUUAUAACAUUCGUUUAAAAUUCUUUGAAUUUAAAAAAUAACUGUCAUGACCAACAACUAUAUUCUUUUCAUCUUUUGAUU